CAGUGGAAACGUACAAUGUUUUCUAGGAAUAUCGCUUAUUUAUUUUUAAUAUUGUUCAGUGCGACGGAAAUACUAGCUGGCGGUAAUGUUGCCGGCACUGUAGAUUUUAUCGGCACCAAUCCUGGAAUAUUGCCGGACAGAACAAAUCGAGUUGAAGACAUUUAUUUGAGAUAUUAUAAUGGACAAACAGUGGACGAUUACGUGGACAUUCCCCUCAGCCAAGCCAGUCGGCUGUUCGAAAUCAAAGGCUUCGACAAGAGCAACCCAACCGUCUUCUACAUCCACGGGUUCAUUGAAGUCGCCCAGCAGGAGAGUAUCCAGGUCAUGGUGAGCUCGUACUUGGAAGCCAGACCGGGUACAAACGUGAUAUUAUUGGACUGGUCCAACAUGGCCCACGGUUCAUACCUAGUCAAUGCCGCGCGGAACACGAAGAAGGUCGGAAUGGCGGCAGCUGAGCAACUUAACAAAUUAUUAGACUCUGGACUUCUGUUAGAAAAAUUCCACGUCAUAGGCCAUUCUCUAGGAAGCCACGUAGCUGGAUACACUGCGAGGGAACUUAAAACCAAAUACAAUAAAGUAGUUAAAAGAUUAACAGCACUCGAUCCCGCUUUUCCAGCCUUCUACCCUGACGGAGUGGUGAUGGAGCACGUGAAUGCCAAGGAUGCAGAGUUCGUGGAUGUCAUACAUACCGACGCUGGUGGUUAUGGCGCACCCGUCAGAACUGGUACUGCUGACUUCUGGCCCAAUGGGGGGAAGAGCAUACAGCCAGGAUGCCCCAGAUUUGCACCUAUACCUCUCUCCGAUGAUACUCCAUCUGGUAACACUGAGAGACGAGGAAAACGUUCGCGGAAAAACGCUAGACGGAUGAAGAACCUCUGCAGUCAUUGGCGGUCAUGGCGGUUCUUCGCGGAAUCAGUAAUAAAUCCAGAGGCAUUUCCAGCCUCACCUGCCGAAUCUUACCAUAAGUUUAGAGAAAAUGCCAACCCAGAAGAAGGGAUGGUUUACAUGGGCUUCAACUGUGAUACUAGUGCCCAAGGAUCAUAUUAUUUGACGACAAACUCCGAAACACCAUUCGGGAAAGGAAUGGAUGGACUUUACCCGAAGAGCAAAAAGAAUUCCGUUAAAAAAUAAUAAUAAUAACAUUUAAGAUUUAUUUACUAGUAAGAAAAACUCUUUAAAAGUACCUAGAUGUAAAGAACGAUACUCAAAUUGGUGUCGGAUAUUUUAUACUAAAAAACACACAAAAAUGUUGUUGUACCUUUACAAAACCAAUAAGAAUUACUACUAGAUACUGCAUAACGUCGUCUUAGAAUGAAAACCUCGGAAAUGCAUUUUUUCUCAAUAUUUUUUUAUUGCAUUUCUUGGAAGAUAAUCGUAAAAAAUAUGGAAUACUAAUCCUUAUCCUGAAAAAUGCAUUUUUUCUCAAUAUUUUUUUAUUGCAUUUCUUGGAAGAUAAUCGUAAAAAAUAUCGAAUACCAAUCCUUAUCCUGAAAAGUUAUCUCUUGCACUUACGAGGUUUUCACUCUAAGGCGUCGAUAAGAUCUUUAUAGUAAUGUCGUUAACAAAUAUGAAACAUAUGCUAACGUAGUACGGUAUUUCUCCAUAUAAAUUCGAUACAAAAUACUUAAAAAGUGUGUUAAAAAUCGUUAGAGCAUAAAGUACUUUAAAUUAACUAAACAUCACAUACACAACUAUUUUGUAGAAAAAAAGCAAAUGUGUUGUUCUUUUGUAAUUUAAUUUUGAAGUUGUGUAAAUCAAAUAUAAAAUAGGUGCAGUAUGUCAUAAAAGUACAUAGAAUCUUUAUCACAUAGUAUUUUUAUUUUUAAGACAAGGGUGAAAUCAAGGGUUUUUUGAAUGGUGUAAAACUUUAUGUGUACCUAAUAUCAGCAAGUUUAGUGUUCUGUUAUUUUAGGUGUUACAUAUAAAAAAAAAUAUAUAUUUUAUUUGUCAAAAAGUACUUAACCAUCCAUAAAAGCUGUAAAAUAUACUAAAAACCAACCCAUACCAUAUUAGAUACUUACACACUUUUUAUUUUAUACAUAUCUUAUUCACCGACUGUAAUUUUGAGACAUUUUCAGAAUGUAAUCAAAAAGUAAAUUACCUAAAUCCUACUCACAUAGUCCUUAGUUAUAGUUUCAAACAAAAUAUUUAUAGAAAAUAAAUUAUAAAGAGCCUAAAAAUAAUAACACAUUCAAUGUUAUAAGUAGCAACGCACAAUAAUAUAUAAUAUAGGCAUAUAAUAUACAUAUGUAUAUGUAUUUUUAAGAUAGCAUCGAACAGAACUUUACAAAAGUUAUAAAGUUACAUUAUAUAAGUAUAACAUCACACUUUCUAUAGUUUUAGUAAUUUAUUAGUGUUCAAUCGGUACUUAAGGGAACAAUGUUAUAUUUUAAUUUAAAUGCAGGACAUUUAUGAUAUUAUAUAUUUUGUUGUUGACUUGAUUUGAAUGUCAGUUUAAAUAAAAAAUGAAAAAUAUAA